AUGUCCAAAGAACCACAGUACUUGGUGCAGGCAGUUUUGGAGCAUAGGAGAAAUAAGAAAUCGAGAAAAAACGAGUACCUCAUCAAAUGGCUCGGCUAUGAUCAUACACACAACUCCUGGGAGCCAGAAGACAACAUCAACGACGACGUCGCGAUUGCCGACUAUUUCGCCGAUAAAAAGAGGGAGAAGGAGGGAAAAGCGAGGCUGAAAGAGUUGUUGAGGAAGAAGAAGGAGUUGGAGGAGACACCCAGUGAUUCAGAGGUGUUUUCUGAUAAAGAGGACGAUGCUGCUGCGGAUGACGUGGAGGCUCCAGAAGUCAAGAAGGCUAGGAAGGAUGGAGAGAGAGGAUCUUCUUCGAGGACACAUUAA